AUGUCCUCCUCCGCAAAGACCAUUCUCUUCCUCGGAGCCACUGGCGGCUGCGGACUCUCAGCUCUGCGCCGCUCCCUGGACGCCGGCUUCACGUGCAUCGCCCUGUGCCGCACGCCGUCCAAGCUGACCUCCGUCCUCCCGUCCGAAAAAUACCCCAACCUCCGCAUCGAACAGGGCAACGCCCACGACGCCGACGUGAUUGCCCGAUGCGUCGUCUCGCCCCUUGACCCGACCCGCUUUGUAGACGCUGUCGUCUCCUCCAUCGGCGCCUGGUUCGAGCUGCGCAAGAUGAAUCUAGAGGAUGUCCACGUCUGCGAGAAGGGCAUGAUUGUAUUGCUCGACGCCAUCAAGAAGCUGCGCACGGAAAAGGGUGUCACUGGAAAGCCGCGCGUCAUUGGCCUCAGCAGCACCGGCAUUUCCAAGUUUGGGAGGGAUACGCCUCUCGUCAUUCAGCCUCUCUACAAGGGACUUUUGCACACCCCGCACGAGGACAAGAAGGCCAUGGAGGAACUCCUCUUUGCUAGCGACGAGGCCUGGACUGUGGUGCGCGCCAGCUUCUUGACCAACGGAAAGGAGCAGCCGGCAGGAACGGUCCGGGUUGGCGUCGAAGACCCUGUCAAGGGUGUCGAGGAACUGGCUAUUGGGUACAGCAUUGCACGUGAAGAUGUUGGCAAGUGGAUGUUUGAAAACAUCUUGCAAAAGGAUGGAGACGACAGAUAUGUCGACAAAGUUGCUACUGUCACCUACUGA